AUGGACGUGUUCAUGAAGGGCCUGUCCAUGGCCAAGGAGGGCGUUGUGGCUGCAGCCGAGAAAACCAAGCAGGGGGUCACCGAGGCAGCAGAGAAGACCAAGGAGGGCGUCCUCUACGUCGGAAGCAAGACCAAAGAGGGAGUGGUCCAAGGUGUGGCCUCAGUGGCUGAGAAAACCAAGGAGCAGGCAUCACAUCUGGGAGGAGCUGUGUUCUCUGGGGCUGGGAACAUUGCAGCAGCCACAGGCCUGGUGAAGAAGGAGGAGUUCCCCACAGACCUGAAGCCAGAGGAGGUGGCCCAAGAAGCCGCUGAAGAGCCACUGAUUGAACCCCUGAUGGAACCUGAAGGGGAAAGUUAUGAGGGAACACCGCAGGAGGAAUAUCAGGAAUAUGAGCCAGAGGCGUAA